GAUGGCGGCGGGAGGGAGCAACCUCAGCGCCUGUAACCGAGUCAACAUUCCUAAUGGCGGCGGAGGCUCGGGCAGCCCGAGCCUGGGCGCCAACUCCUCGUCGCCUUCCUCGCUGUCCGGCGGGGUCGGGCCGGGAGUAGGCGGCGGUGGAGGUGGAGGAGGAUCGGCGGCGGCGGUCGUCAUUUACCGGGAGCCCAUGUACAACUGGCAGGCCACCAAGACGACGGUGAAGGAGCGCUUCGCCUUCCUGUUCAACAACGAGAUCCUGAGCGACGUGCACUUCCUGGUGGGCAAGGGGAUGGGGACGCAGAGGAUCCCCGCUCACCGCUUCGUGCUGGCCGUCGGCAGCGCUGUCUUCGACGCCAUGUUCAACGGCGGCAUGGCCACCACCUCCACCGAGAUCGAGCUGCCCGACGUCGAGCCCGCCGCCUUCCUGGCCCUCCUCAAAUUCCUUUAUUCUGACGAAGUCCAGAUUGGACCAGAAACUGUUAUGACUACACUGUACACUGCUAAAAAGUAUGCAGUACCUGCCCUUGAAGCACACUGUGUGGAGUUCUUGAAGAAGAACCUCCGAGCAGACAAUGCAUUUAUGCUUCUUACACAGGUACGUUGGAACAUUCAUGUCGUGCAUGAUAUCUGUCUGCAGAAGGAACUAAGAAGGAUGGCAAGACUCUUUGAUGAACCACAGCUUGCCAGCUUAUGUCUGGAAAAUAUUGAUAAAAACACUUCAGAUGCAAUCAAUGCAGAAGGUUUUACAGAUAUUGAUUUAGAUACACUGAUGGCAGUGCUAGAACGUGACACUCUUGGAAUUCGAGAAAUUCGGUUAUUUAAUGCUGUGGUUCGCUGGGCAGAAGCAGAAUGCCAACGACAGCAGCUUCAACUUACUCCUGAAAACAAACGUAAAGUGUUAGGAAAAGCAUUGUCACUGAUUCGUUUUCCUCUAAUGACCAUUGAGGAGUUUGCAGCAGGACCUGCACAGUCAGGAAUUCUAACAGACCGAGAAGUUGUUAGUCUUUUUCUACAUUUUACAGUCAACCCGAAGCCUAGAGUAGAGUUUAUAGACAGACCUCGAUGUUGUCUGAGAGGCAAAGAGUGUAGCAUCAAUCGUUUCCAACAAGUGGAAAGCCGUUGGGGCUACAGUGGUACAAGCGAUCGAAUAAGGUUUACUGUGAAUAGAAGGAUAUUUGUGGUUGGGUUUGGCUUGUAUGGAUCAAUACAUGGGCCCACAGACUAUCAAGUAAAUAUACAGAUUAUACAUACUGAUAGUAAUACGAUUCUGGGACAGAAUGACACUGGUUUCAGCUGUGAUGGAUCAUCCAACACUUUCAGGGUUAUGUUCAAGGAACCAGUGGAGAUUUUACCCAAUGUUAACUAUACUGCAUGCGCUACAUUGAAGGGUCCAGAUUCACACUAUGGAACAAAAGGUCUUCGUAAAGUCAUCCAUGAAUCUCCGACAACGGGCACGAAAACAGUCUUCACUUUCUGUUAUGCUGCUGGAAAUAAUAAUGGAACAUCAGUAGAAGAUGGACAGGUUCCGGAGAUUAUCUUUUACACGUAGUUGAGCUCAGCAAGUCCUCAGAGGCCUUGGCUAAUCUGUCAAAUACAAACUGGUGGUAUGCUACUGUAUAUUUGAAAUGAAGAGUAAUGUGCCUACCGCUAGGCACAGGUUUUGAAUAUUGUGCUUUAUUUUUAAAUGUUAUUGGCUGGCAAUGUAAAGAAACAAGCUUUUUUUCCUUGCUCUCUCCCCACCCCAGCUCUGUAUUGUCACAGAAUACGGGAGUAUUGAUAUUGUGGUGCCAAUUCUAAGCAAACAUUUUGCUUAUUGAUGUGUGAAAAGCACUUAUGUAACCAGGGCUGUAGCAAAGCUAAGUAUUUAAGCCUUGAAGUUUCAGUUUAAACAACCAAAGUGUUAUGACAAUAAAGAAGGACCUUUUUUGUGGUGGUGGUGGUCAAGGCCAAAGACAUUACACUGACGAGAGAAGAGCUUCAAAUAAGCAUACAUAACAUGUUCUGUAAAAACCUUGGGAUUGGACCAGAAGUCUGUGAUAAAAGAAACAAUAUCAAGAUUUUAAAAAGGGAGUGUGUUAACUUGUAAUGUUUAAUGAAGUGAAUUAGUAAAUAAAAUGAGAAUGUUCAUCAGCAUUACAUUGUAAUUAGAAACCUGCAGUAUGUACUAAUCCAUUUUCAGCUCAAUAGCUGUUAACAUUUGUAACUGGUGUACCAAACAUUUCACUCAAAUUAUUUUUGGACUAUUACCAUAAUUAUGUGAGUUUGAAAGCUGUGUGGGCCCAAUUUCCAGGAACAUUACCUAAUUAAUAACCUUGUCAAAUUGUGAUCAAUGUUUUUCUGAUCUUGAUAUAUAAUUAUAGCAAAAGUACAUAUGUUUAGUAAGAUUAUAGAAAAAUACGCAUGUUUUUUCCAAGUUAAAGGUGAUUUUGUACUCCAUUUAACAAACAUCACACAAUAACUACAGUUCAAAAUAAAUACAGGUUGCCACUCACUCAGCGUUCUAUUCCUGCCCUUUAUACUGCCCACUUUAGUGUCAUGCACUCUGUAUUUCAGUGAAAAUGCUAUUGAGUUGGCAGAGCUGCAAUCCCCUUCGUUUUCAUGAUCAAGUGGGAUCUGAAUCAGAACCGUGGCAAAUCUGUGAACAAGAUGUAAUUGACAAGACAGCUUUCAGCAGAUGAUGAUCUCUGAUUAGAAGGGAUGACAGUAUAAAAGCAGAUUAAACAAUCAGAAGAAUAAUAGAGUGCUGUUUUACAUUUCUAGCAUAUAGCACCAACCUAAGGAAUGUAAACAGUUUGAAAUAAAGAUCCCAUUCCCCACACAACUCCUGCACCUAAGAGCUGAUUAUGCUAACUUCUUGCAUUUCCUCAAAUGUGUUAUACACAGAAUAUCUUGUGGAAAUAUUUGAUUUGUAUUUUUUUUUCCCUUUGCUCAACAACAUCUCUCUCAACCACCCCCCCCCCCUCCAAAACCCCAACCACUACCUGUUAAGCUCCGGAUAAUUGUGAAAGUCUGUUAUUAAGGAGAAUGUAACUUAUUAUGAUUUGCUAUAUUAUGCAAGUUUGCCAUGAAAGGUUUAAUGGAUACUGCAUUAGUUUCAAAUUACCAGUAAGGCAACGUUCAUUUCAAAAUGCAUUUAUAUUCAAACCUGAUUUGAAAAGAAAUGUCAUACCUUCUCAGUAUGAGAGCCACUCAUUGGUUCAUGUAUCUAUACCAGUGCUGGCUCUAGAUUUGGACCCAUUUACUCUAAUCCUAUGACCCAGCUGUUGCCCCUUGUACCUUUUUAAAUCAACUGUGGAGUUGAACGGCUGACGUGACUCUUUUAGCAAUUAAACACGUCUCUUUCAAUGAGUCAUGCAGAGAAGAUAGUCAGUUCGUUUUUCAUUUUGUCUUAUCAACUGUCAACAAUAGUGCAGCAAAAUAUUUUAAAAUGUUUUCUAGAAGUUUAGCCACUUUUAGUGCUAGCGGGAGUAAACACACACAAUCAUUCUUCUUUCAAGAACAGUUAGCAUUUUUCUUCUUUUAGUUGUAUUGGUGCUCUAUUCACAAGUGCAGUUCUAAUGUACAUGUUGCUGUGCAGGCACCUUUUGAUAAACUAGGUGCAGAAUACUUUCAUAACUAAAGGCAUUGUAAAAUAUUUAUGGUGUUAAUAUUUGUAUGUGGAAAGCUGAACAGACAAUGGUGCUAAUUAGCCAACUAUAUUGGUGUAAAACUGGUAGUUCUGGCCACUUGAAAUUUAAUUCUUGCUUUGUAAAAUAAGAUUUGGCGCUAUUUUUUUUUUAUCUAGCAGAUAUCAGGAAGACUACUUUGAUCCCUAACCCUGUGUAUAGAUUUUCUUUUUCCAUUGGGAUUAAAUCUGGUUUGUGAUAGAGGAAAUGGAUUGCCCUCAUUCAAGACCUUUUGUUCACCCCAACCCCACCACAAAAUAAAAUCUGUUGGCCCCUAAAAUUCUUGUGAUUUGUAAGGCGUUCAACGAUUUUAUCAUAACAAUUUCAAAAAUACCUUGGAGUAGAAUUCAGGGACCUGCAAAAUGCAGAUUCAUUGCCUGUACUGUGAAAUAGCUAAUAUACUAGUUUGCUUCUUUAAAAAGUAAACAUAUUUUUGGCACAUUCCUUAUGCUUAAACAAUCAGUGUUUUGAUGUUUUCUUUGUGGGGGCAGAAAGGGGUUUGGAUUGAUUUCCUUGAAACGGAAGUUUAUAAAUUGAACAGUAGUAUGCUGUGAUACAUGGUUGUCAGCCAGCAAAGCACACAUCAUAGUUGUGACUACAAGAUUUUAAGGUUCAAAAUUGUUUUAAAAUGAAACCUAAAAAUGUUACUACUUUUGUGAAGUAAUAUACAUUGCAGUAAUUAAUGAGUACUAAAGUAUUAUGUGCAAAAAUAAAAAUAGCUAAAUGAGGGAAGGGUAAGAUGCUAAGAAAGAUAAAAUACGAAUGAGACUUUUUUUUUUGUUCUCUCACCCUACCAUUGUUAAACUGUUCUAAACUUGAUCAUUUGAGACUAAUUUUAAAGAUGAGGGACCCAUUUAAAACCACAAAAUUCAGCUUUAUUCAAAAUUGUGAACUGUUUAUCUCCCCUGACAGAUUCUAUUUAAAACAAAAUCUAAAUUUCUGAAAUGAUAUUAGUUUUUCAAAGGUUGUAACAGGAGAGCUGCAGAAUGCAGCUUUGUACAAGUAGAUAACUUUGUUCACUAGUAGGCUGUGUCUGAUUUGCAGCUAGGAAGUAACUCCUUUUAUUUGCUGCUGAUUUCUAAAGUAUCAUUUCUGUGCAUUUGAUAAACUAAUACGUUAUUUAAUCUACUGGAAUCAGCUACCACGUGGAGCUCUGUAUAAUUGGAAAACUGGAAUAAAAACUUGUCACAUCAGCAGUUAGCCACCAUAGUGAUGCACUGAAACUUGAAGGCUUGCUGAACAGCAACUUUGUUGUGGCCCUUUCAUCAACCAAUACACAAACCGUGGCAUUACUUUAAAAUAACUUUUGCUUUUUCUAGACUAUGAAUGUAUUGGUAAUUUUUUUUAUUUUAGAAAACUGCCUGUUAGCAUUCGCAAGCAAAUAUAUCAUGUAAAUUAAAAAGGAGUAUUUUAGAAUCUUAGAUGCUGUACAAUGAAUGUGUAAAAUGAUCAGUAAACUUAUCCUAAAUGUAUUCUCAUUUCAUAAGCUUUGAGAGCCCAUCUUGUAAAGAUGUCUACAAUUCAGGAAGAUGUGGAAGUGUGUAGUGUGGUAUUGCGUAUGAUUGAAUCAGUGUGUAAAUUCACCAAUACAGUAUACAGUACAGACAUUUUAAAUAGGCUUUGUAUUGGAAAACUUUAAAUUCAAAAUCAUGCAGAUUAGUUUGCAACAUAAAUUUAAACUUAAAACAUUGAGUAUCCGAACAUUCCCAAAAUAGAUAAGUGACAAUAUGAUUCAGGCUGCAUCCUGAAUGUGAAGCCGUAUAGUAUUGAUUCCAAAAGAAUGUUCCUUCAAAUUGAUUUUGUCAAAACUCGUGCGUAACUUGGUAAAGUCUACAGGAUAUUGUUGCAACAACCUCCUUGUCCCCUUUCAAUAACCCAGACCUUAAAAAAAAAUACACUACAGUGGGGCUAACUGUUCAUGGCUUGACUGAUUUGCAGCUCUCUGAAACUUUGUUUUCAGUUUGGUUUUAUUUUAAAUUAAAAGGAGAAAACUUGUCAGUACAUGCAGUAGCUCCAUUAGCUUUUUGUGGCCAUUUAGCAUUUUUAAACUGAAUUUUAUGAUCAUAAAAUGUAGUUACUCUAUAUUAAUAUGCACUUUACAAACCACUGUAGAUCCAUAAAUUUAUAGAGAUCACUGUUUCUAACAGUGCUAUUAGUUGACCAUAAGGGGUACUACAGUGCAGUCCUGCUAUACAAUGUAGAAUACUUAAAACCAUAGUGUAUUUUGGUUUUAUUUCUAUUUUACAUGUCUAUGACUUCAUUUGGACUACAGGUGCACAAAGUUCUUGGGAUGUAUAGUAACCUAAUUGCCUCUUCCGAGAGGCUGUUAUGAAAGGAAGCAAGCGAGCAAGUUGGUCAAUGAAUGUUAGGAUGUUUUUGGUAAGAAAUUGCAAGUUCAUUAUGGUUCUCCUCACUUGGCACUAGAAAUUCAGCCCGGAGUGCAACCGAUCAAACAUAGUUUUGAUCAUUUGCACCUGGGUUGUGUUAAUGGCAUAAAGUGCAUAAGGAAUGGAUCCUGCUAAAGGCCAUCCACGAUUCUUUGACUAUACUAUUGAGGUGUAUAGAUUAAUGCAUUGAUAGGAGGGAGUUAGCCUAGUAGUUGUACUAUCAGGGGUUCUGACUGAAGUUUGAAUGAUGCAUACAUAGUAUCAACCCCAGAGACUGAAUGCUUUUACUCCUCCUAUCUGUUAUUUUUAUAUAUAACAGUUUGAAUCUUAUUCAUGGAUUUGUAUGGAUUGCUGCAUUUAAAACUGCUUCACAUCCUCAAGUAAUGUCAAUGUGUGCAUGUUACAAGUAGGAUGACACCAUUUUAAAAGAAGAAAUCACUGUGGCAAACAAAUUGUUUGAUACAUCCUAACGGUAUGAUAGUUGAAGUACAAAGCUCAGUAAAAGUUGUUUCACAAAUCUACUUUGUUACAAAUA